AUGAUUAUUAAAAAAGAAGACCUUCAAGAACUUGACUCAAUUUAUAAUUUAGAUGGUGUAUCACUUGCACCAGCUAUAAUCAAUGUUCAAAAUGAUGAAAUUGUACACCAACGAAUCUUACUAUUAUAUGGGCGGGCUGGUCCUAGAGAUUUAGCAUAUCAUUCGAACAUCACUGUUGAGCAUAAUGCUGAUAAUUUUCCUUCUACUACAUGGCCAAUUUUUAACUCUCAUUUUAAGUGCCUUGUUCAUCUUGAUCCAGGACCAAAUAAUAUCCGGUUCACUUUUGAUCCUGAUUCAUUUUCACCAGGAAUGAGUCCUUUGUCAACUGUUAUCACAAUAAACUACAUACCAAUGCUACAAAAUCCUCCGUUGCAUUUGGCUAUACUUGUUGCAAAAGACUCGAAAUGUGUUAUUGAUGCCUCACCAGAGAAGGUUAUCCCCAGAGAUAAUAACUUGGAUACCGUUAAGGCAAAAUUUAGGUGUGCUGCUUAUCUAUGGCAAGCUUUUACCGCUGAACAAAUGUAUCGUAACGGAUUUGAGAGGAGAGUUUUUCGGAUAGAAGAAGAAUGGCAGCAAGAUACACUUUCUAACCAAGAAUCAAGCUUACGUCAAACGGCAAAGAUUCACAUAGUUCGUACACAAUAUACAUUAGAAGAGUUAUUAGAUCCAGAUCGUGCACAACAAUAUAAACCACCACCCGGUACACCACCUACCACAAAGAAGGAUUUAUAUUCCAUUUUUAUGGAGGCUUUAAAUGAGUAUGGUGCACCUUUUGACAAGCAAUGUUAUGUAGCCGGAUUAAUACUCGACUCUCACUGGGAUCCUAAAAUGAAACUAAUUCGAGGACAUGCUGCUUUAGGUGGUGGUGCCUCGAACAUUCGUCUUGGAAUUUUUGGUAGUCAUAUGACACAUGCCUGGCCAAGAUAUUUGGAAGAAGUCGUGGAUUGUUUUCAAGAUGAGACACAAACCGAUGAAAAUAUUUUGGCAAAUGAUAACAAUGAGUCUGGUACUUGGUGGAGGUGUUGUAAUAUUGGAAUUGGUGCGAUGUUGCAUGAAGUUGGACAUGCUUUGACUUGUCCACAUUCACCUUCAGGCAUUAUGAUGCGAGGAUUUAACAAUCUUAAUCGUACUUUUACUGUUAAAGAACCCAACAACAUUCAACCAAUAACACCAUCAGACGAGAGUGGUGCACACUGGCACAGAUGCGAUACAAUUAGAUUCCGAUAUCAUCCUUGUUUCCGUAUUCCUUCUGACCCUCCAAAAUCCAUUGCGCAUAAGGAUUUGAGUCCAGACUUUUGGCCCUUGGAUAAUUCUUUUCUUAUAUGCUGCUACUCUGGAGUUUCCUUAGCGGAGGUUCAUGUAAAUGGAAGUUACGUAUAUCAUGUUGAAUUUCUUGAUGAAAGAAUUCAUGGAGAUGACGUUGAGUUGAAUUUGCAAGAUAUCAUGAACCGUGUUAGUUGGAAGCAUGGUGAUGAAAUUACAGUUCAUGUUAUAGAGAACACUUUACAAAAUGUACAAUCAUUCCUAAAUGAUAGUCGUAUUGUACUACCAACAUAUGGGGAAGUAUUGAAAAGUGCAAGGUUAGGAAGGAAUAAAGGACAGGGGUACCAAGCUAUUUUCAGUAAUCCACAAUCUUCUUUCCCCAAGUCAUCCUCAUCUUCAAUUUAUUCAUUUUUAUCAAGUAAAUCAUAUUUAUCUCAAAUAAUCAUAAGAGCUGGUGCUAUUGUUGACUCAAUUACGUUUAUUUGGUCUGAUAAUACGGCGAUAGUGAUAGGUGGGAAUGGAGGCGAUGAGCAUGAAUUUACAUUGGAUGAAGAUGAGAAAAUUAUAGGACUGAAUGUUAGAUCUGGAUGGUAUAUUGAUGGAAUUGAAAUUAAAACUAAUAAAAAGAGUAGUGGGUGGAUUGGUGGACUUGGUGGAUCAAUGCAUCUUUUGCAUGUGCCUAAAGAUCACGAAAUGAUUGGAAUUUAUGGAAGUGGCGAAUCCUAUAUCAACUCUUUGGGUAUAAUUUAUAAAAAAUUGUAA